AUGUCGAGAAAUACUUCUCACUUCGAAAAAUAUGCCAUUGGUAUUUACAAUCCCAUUGAAGUGGGAUCAAUUGACCGAACAGAUACCGAACCACACGAUCGUGCAAUCAUUCGGGCUAUCCUAUCUGAGUAUAUACCAAACAAGAUGGUUAAGGGAGACCCUGAGUAUACAAUAUUUAUAGCCCGACUUAAUCCUAGAACUACACAGGAUACUAUUGAAACAGAAUUCUCUAAGUUUGGAAAAGUGAAAAGGUGUCGCCUUGUAAAAGACAUUGUCACAGGGAAAUCAAAAAAAUAUGCAUUUUUAGAAUAUGAAAGUGGGCACAGUGUGGAGAAAGCACUUAAAGAAAUGCAUCAUGAAUACAUAGAUGGAGCUGAAAUCAUUGUCGAAAGAGAAGCAGAGCGGAGACUACAAGGGUGGAAACCUCGUAGGCUUGGAGGAGGUUUUGGUGGCAGGAGAGAAUCUGGACAGUUACGAUUUGGAUGUAUUGAAAGACCAUUCCGAAAACCAUAUUAUGUUGCUGCAAAAAAUGAACCCGGGCCAAGCAGCCAUUGA